AUGGAUUUCCUAGUCAGAUUUAAGAAGUAUUUUUCUAAAGAAAAACUUACACAGCAAGAAGAAAACCAAAUGAUUAGCUACAUUAAAGCAGGAAAUCGGGAGCUGCUCAAUGAAAUAUUAGAAACUAAAAAAAUUGAUGACAAUUAUCAAUCAAGGCAAGGACUAACUCCAAUGAUAUAUGCAGCAUAUUACAAUCAGCCAGACAUCAUUGAUUACCUUGUAAAUAAAGGUUUUAGCAUAGAAAAAACUGGGAAAAACGAUGAUUCUCCAUUAAUACGAGCUUCUUACUAUAAAAGAUUUCAGGCAGCUGAAAAACUUCUUGAACUAGGAGCCGACCCAAACAUAAAGAAUCAAGAUUAUCCUUUAAUGCAAGCUAUUUUUCGACAAAGUGACAAAAUGGCUGAACUAUUGAUCAAGUAUAAUGCUGACAUCAAUUUGAUCCUUAAUCGAAUUAAGGAUGAUUUUAUAAAAGUUCCUCCAUGCAUUCUCCAAGUCUUCAAUAGACAUCAAUGCUGGGAAGAACGCAAGAAUUUUAUUUUCGUAAUCAAAUUCUCAAAAAAUCGAAUCAGCAGCCUUCCAAAGGGGAUUUUAAGAGAAAUUUCAUCAUGGAUUUAUUUAGACAUGAAAGUUGAUGAAAGAUAUGAGAUAUUUUAUAGAUAA